GCCAUACAAAACUUGAGGGCAGCUAUGUGUGUUGUAUAUAUAUGCUACAACUUGCUCUAUCACCACCAACCCAAUUCAUACUUCUUUCUUUUGGUAUCUCUCUAGCUAUCUUCUUUCUCUCUCUAAAAUCAAGAUCGAAAUAAUGGAUGCAAGCACUCCGAGCAGCAUAGAUGAGAGCAGUUCUAGCGACUCUAUGUCGGUUGCAUUGAAUUUGCCGCCGGCAACCAAGUCGCCGGAGAGCCUCUGCCGAAUGGGGAGCGGCGCGAGCGUGAUCAUCGACGCGGAGAACGGCGUGGAGGCGGAGUCCGGCCGGAAACUGCCGUCGUCGAGAUUCAAAGGCGUGGUUCCCCAGCCGAAUGGGCGGUGGGGGGCUCAAAUCUACGAGAAACACCAGCGGGUGUGGCUCGGGACGUUCAACGAGGAAGAGGAAGCCGCUAGGGUGUACGACAUCGCCGCCCAGCGCUUCCGCGGCCGCGAUGCCGUUACCAAUUUCAAGCCGUUGUCGGAAACAACCGCCAACGGAGACGACUACGAGGCGGUGUUUUUGAGCUCCCACUCCAAGGCGGAGAUCGUGGAUAUGCUCCGAAAACACACUUACGCCGACGAGCUGGAGCAGAGCCGCCGAGCCUUCAACAUUAACAACAGUAACAAUACGAGCGCCCGGAAACCGGAAGCCGAUAGAUCGGCUAAGUCCCGGGAGCGGCUCUUCGAGAAAGCCGUGACUCCUAGCGACGUGGGCAAGCUGAACCGGCUCGUGAUCCCCAAGCAACAAGCGGAGAAGCACUUCCCUCUCCAAAACGGCGCCGUCACCUCCAAAGGAGUUCUCUUGAACUUCGAGGACACCAACGGGAAAGUAUGGCGGUUCCGGUACUCGUACUGGAAUAGCAGCCAGAGCUACGUGCUGACCAAGGGGUGGAGCCGGUUCGUGAAGGAGAAGAGCUUGAAAGCCGGAGACAUUGUGAGUUUCCACAGAUCGACCGGACCGGAAAAACAGCUCUACAUCGACUGGAAGCCCAGGAAUGGGACCGGAUCCGACAUCCCGGUUCAUCCGGUUCAAGUGUUUAGACUAUUUGGCGUCAACAUAUUAAGCAAGAGUAGUACAGUAGUAUCCCCUAUGGCUAUGGCGGCUAUGGAUACCACCAAUAAUAUCAGUAGUUGCAGUGGUGGCAAGAGGAUAAGAGAAGUAAUGGAGUUCUUGCCAUUGGAGUGUAGCAAAAAGCAAAGGGUCAUUGAUGCUUUGUAACGUUUCGAGACUCGAAUCUGAAACCUUUGUUUAAACACGAAUAGUAUAUGUCAGAUUGUCAGCUCAACUAGGCAGGUGUUAGAAAUCACCUUUUAUUUCUAAUCUUUCGUUUUUAAUUUUUUUGUUUUUGGUUUUGAGGAUGAGUUGAAGGGAGGGAUGGGCAUGUUGCAACUUGCAAGUUCCAAUUUGUAUAUUAGUGUUUUUAGGGAAGCUAAGAAUGGCUCUAAUAAAGAGCUCAUCAUCAUCAACAACUAGCUGGUAAAACAUUACAAAAAAAAAUGUGGAAAUAGAAAUAACAUCUUUUAACUUGUUCAUGCUCAAAA